GGAAGUCGUAAUUGACCCCGUAGAGACUACACGCCGGCUCCGUAAAUUGACUAAAGCAUAUUUAAUUGGAGUUCUUCAUGAUGCCACCAGCACUAAAAGGACUUAUCGAAUAGCCACCAAGAAUUUUGAGUUUGCUGAAUUGCUUCGAAAAGGAAUUCGCGAAUUAGGGUCAGCGAAUGAAAUCAUAAAAUCUAAGUUAGAAAAAGUGGAUUAUAUUCGAG